AUGGAGUUACUUACACAGUACGAAAGUUCUACAUCCAGUGAUAGCAAUUUUGAGCUUGACUCUCGGCAAGUUCGACAGGUAUACUUGGUCACUUACAGCCAAGCAAAUACAACAAAAUUUCCAACAUCAAGGCGUUCCUUUGCUGAAGCUGUUGUUAGAUCGUUUACUCAACGAACCGCGUCCGUAAUUCAAUGGUGCUGUGCCCAAGAAAACCAUCUGCGUUCAGGAGUGCAUUUUCACGUACCAAUAAAAAUAAAUAAAAAUCAGCGUUGGUUGCCCGCGAAAAGAUAUCUCCAGGAAACAUACGGCAUAUCUGUACACUUUUCAAGCAUCCAUGCAAACUAUUUCACAGCUUGGCGCUAUGUCACAAAAGAUGAUAUUGCCGACUAUGAGGAAAGCGAAGGGCAUCCAGAUCUCACGAAUGCUUGUGAACCACCCACUAUGAAGGUACACGAAGCACUGCGAAAAAAACGCAAAUCUCGUUUAAGACGCGAAUUGGCAAUAUCCUCAAACGCUGUUCAGACUGAAAACGAACAUGCUUCUGAGAUUGCAAAUGCAUGCAAAGCAAAAGAGGGUCGCCCAAGGAAACGUCAACGUCUUACUUCCUACCAAGUCUCGCAAAUAAUUGUGGACAAAAAUAUUCAGGACCGAACGGAACUGAUGGCUUUUGCAAAUAUUCAGAAACGAGAAGGAAAAACUGACCUAGCAGAAUUUGUCUUAAAUCGCGGCACGAAGGUGGUAAACAUAGUGAUUUCUAACGCUUGGGAAAUGAAAAAAGCUGAAGAAACACUACGGAGAAGAAAUACAUCUCGUAUAGACAUAUUGCAAGAAGCUUAUGAGGCAGAAUGCACAUGUGAGACACACAGAGAGUGGGAGAUAUGUGCUUUGGAGAUAUUACAUAAUAAUGACAUACCAGCACAUCAAUUUGCCAUGUGUGUAAAAGAGUCUCUCGUGAAAGGGCGAGGAAAGUGCAGGAAUGUAAUGCUGACGGGUCCAGCCAAUUGUGGGAAGAAAUUUUUAUGUUGGAGCCGAAAAUUCUGA